AGAAAAAAAGGAGAAAGGGGCAUCAAAGUCAAUAAUGAUUAAUUUGUGUUAAUACUGUUCAAUUUCUUCGAAACCCAAUACCAAUAAAUCCACACACUCUCUGUCACGCCCUCAUUCCUUUCACUUGACAAAAUUCUCUUUUACUUAUUUUCACUUAAACUUAGCAAACACACGCAUUCAAACCCAAUGACACUCAUAAAAAGAUCACUAAAAUAUGUUCUUCCAAGGAACUCUUUCUCUCAUCUAGUGUUUACUACCUUCUUAUUGGUAUUUCUCCUUCUCCACCUAUCACGUGCUAACGCCACCCAUAAAACAACCAAUCACGUGACUUCAUACCCAAAUUUUCAGCACUUAAAUGUUCCAAAACAGAUUGCCUCCAUCAAACUUCACACCAAACAUGAUUCUGAUCAUCAUUAUCCUUCUAAAUUUAAUGACCAAAAUAUCAUCACAUUGUCUAAAAAUAAUAAUAAGCUUUUGAACCAUUCAAGUUUUAGCCUUAAGCUUAAUCUUGUUCAUAGGGAUAAGCUUAAUCAUAAACUAUUUGGCUCUUCCAACCGUGAUCAUAAUCAUAAUCAUAACCACCGUUUUAAUCUUCUAAUACAACGUGAUAUCAAACGGGUUGCCGAUAUAAUUCACCGGGUUUCAAACACUAGUAUUAGUAUCAGUAGUUUGAAUGAUUACAAGGUAGUGGAAUCAUUCGGUUCGGAGGUGGUAUCGGGUAUGGAUCAAGGAAGUGGAGAGUACUUUAUAAGAUUAGGAGUAGGAAGCCCACCAAAGAAACAGUACAUGGUUAUUGAUUCGGGUAGUGACGUUGUUUGGGUCCAAUGUCAGCCUUGUAAACAAUGUUAUAAACAAACUGACCCGGUUUUUAACCCGGCCCAAUCAGCUUCCUAUUCGGGUGUAUCAUGCUCAUCCUCUGUCUGUGGACGAAUUGAAAACUCUGGUUGCGGCCACUCAGGCCGUUGCCGAUAUGAAGUUCAGUAUAGUGAUGGGUCCUACACUAAGGGAAACCUUGCAUUUGAGACUCUUACAAUUGGUGGGACUGUUAUUAGAAACGUUGCAAUGGGGUGUGGACAUAGUAAUCAAGGCAUGUUUGUAGGGGCUUCUGGUUUAUUGGGUUUGGGUGGUGGGUCCAUGUCAUUUGUGGGCCAGUUAGGAGGUCAAACUGGUGGUACAUUUAGUUACUGUCUAGUGAGCCGGGGUUCAGGAAACCCCGGCUCAAUAGUGUUCGGGCGAGAAGCAAUGCCGGUGGGUGCGGCUUGGAUCAAUUUGGUCCGCAGCCCUCGAGCGCCAAGCUUCUAUUACAUAAACUUAAUGGGACUCGGUGUAGGCGGGGUGCGGGUCCCGCUCCCCAAUGGUAUAUUUGGGUUUACCGAAUCAGGGGACGGGGGUGUAGUCAUGGACACAGGUACGGCCGUGACUAGACUCCCGACCCCUGCUUACGAAGCAUUUCGAGACUCUUUCCUGACCCAAACUGCCAAUCUUCCAAGAGCACCAGGGAUGUCAAUCUUCGACACAUGUUACAAUCUGGCCGGAUUUGGGACGGUUAGAGUCCCAACCGUGUCUUUCUAUUUUACGGAUGGGCCGAUACUAACCCUUCCGGCAAGGAACUUCUUGAUCCCGGUUAAUUCGGAAGGUAUAUUUUGCUUCGCAUUUGCAGCUUCACCAACAGGAUUAUCAAUCCUAGGAAACAUUCAGCAAGAAGGUAUUCAGAUAUCUAUUGAUGCUGCCAAUGGUUUUGUAGGAUUUGGUCCUAAUGUUUGCUGAUUCUUUAUCAACCAAUCAACAAAACACCAAUUAAUCCUCAAAAUUUUGGUCAGACUACUAGUAUUAGUUAUUAAACAAUAUAAUAAUACUGAAUCCAUUUUGUAAAGCGUUUUCAUUUUCCUAGCUUUUUCAUUUAAAUUUUGGGCUUUUUUUUCACUUUUUUUGGUAUGCUGUGAAUCUAUGAUCGAUAAUGAUUGUAUUGAUAAAUAUUAUAGCUAAAUAAAUAAUUAAUAAAUAGA